UCUCGUUCAUUUGGCGGUCAGUUUCACUCGGGAGAGAGGAGGAGAGAGAGGGAGAGAAGGAGAGAGAGAGAGAAGGGGAGGAGGAGGAGGCGGGGAAGACACGAGAGACAUGCGUGUGUUCGUGCGUGGGUGUUUUUGAGGACGUGACAAAAUCAAGAACAAUAAACAGGAAGAACGGAAGAUGUCAACAGGAUCUAAUCACAAACGCUUUUAGGACUUAGAAGGAUUUGUGAGUCACGGAAAUGUCCAGUGUGUCUCUUGCUUCCCGCUUCCUGCUGGGCUCAUAAGGAAUCGGAACCCCUUUGUCUGAAGCUUAAGGGGAAUCUGAACUCCUCUGUUCCAAUUAUAAAGGGGAUCAGAAACCUUCACAUCUCAACGGAACAAGGAGAUUAAGCACCGCCUUGUCUUGGGGGUCGAAGAGGAUCAAGAGUGGCUCUGUGUCGCGAGUACUGAAGGAUCAGACCCUCUCUUGCCUUAGUAAUACGAGGAGGAAGGAAGAUUGAGGCUUCAAAAAUCACUACCCAAUUAGUAAAGGGAUCGUGUGUUACCUUACGACCGGAUCCAACACCAGGGACACACUACAGGAGGAUCACGUCUUCCGGAGUCAAUACGAGGAGAGAAAAGGGAUCAUGGAUGUCACUGUGAUAGAUUCCAACACCACUGAGACGCCGGGGAACAGUGUGGAGGUCGAGGGUAACAUCACAUGCACUGACAACUGUUUUCUCUUCGGGUUACUGAUAGAAAGGCCUUUGGAUAUACUCGUUGUCAUACGCUUGCUGCUCUCCCUCCUUCUCUUCGCCUGUUCCUGCCUCACCAUCCUCGUAACCCGGCGUAGCACAAAGCUGAAGGAGCGCCAAUCAGCCACGUUCGUCACCAACCUGGCUGUCACUGGCGGCCUCAUCGGGUUCCUGGUUUUCGUGUUCUCAACGGCGCACCAAAUCCACCGAAUGUCUCGACGCAGCAUCGCCUUAACACUAGUCCUCGUCCCUCGCAUCCUCCACGCCGUCACGACCCUCACCCUCACCUGUUUAACCCUCGACCGAUACCUGGCGCUGUGCUGGCCGCUGCGUUACCCCGCCUUGCUGACUGACGCCCGGUGCCUACAACUCGUACUCGGGUCCUGGCUGCUCCCUGCGCUGGUGGUCGGCACGGCUUGUAUAUUUGGGAAAGGCCUCACUCCCUGCCCUGACGUGAGACCUUACCUGAUUACCUACCUGCUUCUCUUCACGUCCGCCAUCGCCGCUGUCAUGUGGAUGUAUACUCUCAUUGCAAGGGAGUUUCGGAGACCCAUAGGAGGCGCUGUCGGUGGGGAGGAGAUGGCUUUGGCGAGGAGACGGACGGCGAGGGAGCUGAUGGUUGUGGUGAUGGUGAACCUUCUCCUGGCUACCCCUGAUGUGGGCACGAAACUCUACCUGCUGACCUGCCCCACGACUCUGCCUGUCCUGUACCACGUGGCGCCUGUCCUCCUGCUGGCUCACCUGAUCUGCUUCUACCCGCUCUACGCCUGGAAGAACCGCGACUUCAGGAGCGCCGCGAAGGACGUCUGCGUCUCCUUCAAGGGCUCCUGUGGCAGAGUCCUAUCAAGGGUGUCCUGCAAGAUGUCCUUAGUGCGGGAUUCCAUAACUCGUGUGUCCCUGAGUAGUGUUUCCAGUGGUAGGAUGUCCUCUACUGCUACUACUGCUACUACUACUACGGCUAUUUCUGCUUCUGCUACUGCUGAUGGUGUUGGCGAUAUUCCAGUAGAGAGGGAAUUGCCUGCUACUGCUAAUCCUACUUUUUCUGCUUCUACUUCUUCCUCCUCUUCCUCUUCUUCCAUCUCCUCUGCCUCCCCUUUAGGAGAAGACAAUGUUACCUUUCAGUCUUGAUAUGUGUGUGUGUGUGUGUGUGUGUGUGUGUGUGUGUGUGUGUGUGUGUGUGUGUGCGUGAGUGUUUGUCUUUCUUUAUCUUCUCGCAGUUAAAUAAAGGAAAUGUUCAUGCAAGAUACUUUUGUUUUGUUUAUGUGUGUGUGUGUGUGUGUGUGUGAGAGAGAGUUAUAAAGCUUCUGUGAUUUAAAGUAUUUCAUUCCAAUAUCCUCCUCGUAUGCUUUUGUCGAUAUUAUUAUUAUUAUUAUUAUUAUUAUUAUUAUUAUUAUUAUUAUUAUUAUUAUUAUUAUUAUUAUUAUUAUUAUUAUUAUUAUUACUAUUACUAUUAUUAACGCCAUGUACCUGUUGCUGCAUAAAAUUGUAAGCAAA